UAAAAUUCUAACGAAACAUUCAAAGAAUCACUUUAGCUUCAAAAGCAUUUUUUUUAAUAUAGGUUUGCAAUAAUGUUCGGUUUUAGCUCGCUUUUACCUCCGGAUUGGGCCGCAUUCUUCGGCUCACUUAGUUUGGCAGAUAUAAUCGCAGGAAUACCAGCUUUUCUUGUCAUUUACACAGUUCUACCAAGUGCUAUAUAUACAGCACGACAUAGAAGCAGUAAAGGAAACUGGUAUAUCCCACCUGAACCUACUGAUGAAUCCCCUUCAAUGCAAGCUAAAUUGCUUUUAUUGAACAGUUUGGCAGUAUUAUUUUCAGUCAAAUAUAUUGCGCAAUACAUAUUUAAUCAUCCAGGACCAGAAAUUUUUGUCACGGGAACUCUAUUAACUGUUAUAUUGAUUACUGUAGUCAUAUACCAUUAUGAGAAUAGAGGAAUUAUAAAACCAGCAAUUCCUCUUUCUGUCCUUUGGGGAACUACAACACUUACUACUUUAUAUUAUACGACUUCAACUCAUGAUAUCUCUCAUGAGAUAUAUCUUGUAUCUAGCUUGUUAAUGUUUAUGUUAGAAUGGGCUUCUCCAAGAACACCUGUAGAAUCCGUAAGUUUUACUGCCACAACUCCUGGAGUUACACAAAGUAAUGAUACAUCUCAGACUGAAAAAGUUUCUACAGAAGAAUCUAAACAUUCGAAAUCAGAAUAAAGAAUAUACAAUAUAAAAAAAAUUUCAGCAUUUAUUAUAUACAUCGUUUCAAGAACAAUUAACAUUAAUAAAAAAAAAAAAUUUUACGUUUUAUAACAUUUAGUUAGUACAAAUCCAUUUAUCAUAGAUUUUAAACUGAUAAUUAAAGUUCAAAUUAAGGGAGAAUCUUAACAUGGCAACACUUAAUACAUUUAAAAUAAUAGCAGCACAAUUUCAUUAUUGCAAAAUUAAUAUCAUAUCUUUAUAUUUAACUUCACCAUGAUCUGAUUGAUCUGAUUAAUGCAAACCUUGUUGAUCUAUUUAAUUUAAAUAUAUUAGCAAUAAUCCAUAUAUUUUUUAGAUAUGUAUUGAAUUGAACUGAGGAAAAGGUUUUGAUUACUAUUAGUCUAUUACAAUUAAAAUAUUAAAAUGCUUACAGUUAGGAUUCUUGAAAAUCUUUACUUUUGCGU